AUGGCAAAUGGUCCAGCACCUUUUUUUGAAAUUGGCAAAAGAGCAAGAGAUCUCUUAUACAAGGAUUAUAACUUUGACCACAAGUUUACCCUGUCGGUUCCAAGUUCCAGUGGAUUGGGCCUUACGGCUACAGGGUUUAAGAAGGAUCAGUAUUUUGUUGGGGACAUAAAUUCGCUUUACAAGAGUGGAAAUGUUACAGUGGAUGUGAAAGUUGAUACAUACUCUAAUGUAUCUACAAAAGUGACUUUGAACGAUGUUUUCCAUAGUAAAAAAGUAGCUUUGAGCUUCAAUAUACCCGAUCACAAGUCAGGAAAGUUGGAUGUACAAUAUCUUCAUCCUCAUGCAGCUAUUGAUUCCAGUAUUGGCCUGAACCCAGCCCCUCAAUUGGAGAUCUCAGCUGCAAUUGGAAGCAAAGAUGUAUCUAUGGGUGCUGAAGUUGGAUUCAAUACAACUUCUGCUUCAUUCUCAAAAUAUAAUGCUGGGAUUACCUUCAAUAAACCAGAUUUCUCUGCAACACUUAUGCUGGCUGAUAAAGGAGAGGCCCUGAAGGCAUCGUACAUUCAUUAUGUGGACCGCCCAGACGGAUUAACAGUUGCUGCCGAACUUGUUCACAGGUUGUCCUCCUCUGAGAACAGAUUUACCAUUGGGACUUCACAGUCAAUAGAUCCAAAAACAGUUUUGAAGACUCGAUUCAGUGAUGACGGCAAAGCCGCCUUCCAGUGCCAACGAGCCUGGAGGCCAAAUUCACUCAUAACCCUAUCUGCUGAGUAUGACUCCACAAAGAUAUUUGGUUCACCUGCCAAAUUUGGUCUUGCUCUCGCUCUCAAGCCUUAA